AUGAGUGCAGAGGGAGGAGGAGAGAGGGGAGACUUGUUGGAUGUAAUGAAGGGGUGUGUGGCCAGAGGUGCGUAUAAAAGCAAUGCAGAGGGGAAUUGGCAAAUAAUCCUGCAAAAAGUGCACGCUCAAAAGUUGCAUUUUCAAGACAGCGGUGACUUCUACGGGCAAACAGCAAUGAGGCUCCUGCAGCUCCUGGGUCUGCUCACGGCCACCUCUGUGUGCCUCUGCUACGAUUCACAUGAAAGCUCGGAAUCCGUUGAAGAUUUAUUUGUGGCUCCGAGUCGGGCCAACUCGUUCAUCGCUCCUCAGCGGGGGACCCUGUACAACCCAUCCAGAGGCAGCGCGUUCAACUACUACAAUAUGAUGAGGAUAAAGUCCCCGGCGGAGCGGCGUGCUGAGACCUGCGAGGACUACUCUCCCUGCCGCUUCUACGCCUAUCGCUAUGGUUACCAGCAGGCCUUCCAGCGCUUCUUUGGCUCACGGGCCCAGACCCCUCAGAGGACCGCCUUCUCCCGCCGAUACUGA